UUUAAAUUAUACAACUUACAUUUAAUAAUAUUUUUUUAAUAAAUUUAUUUAAAUUAUUCAUUUCGUUCUUUUGAUCUGAAUCUGAAACAAUAGAUGCAUUGUGUCUGAAUUAUAUAGUGUUCUGUGGAGUGCAUAAUUUGCAAAUUCUGCGAUAUAAAGACAAUUUGCAAAGAAAAGCGACGUCAUGUUUUUUUAAAUAUUCAAUAAAUGCUUAUGCAGCUUUUACCACAUGAGUUUCAUAUUAGCUAUAUAUAAUUCAGUAUGGUAUUAGUAGUUUGCAAUCUUUUCAAGUAGUUAUUUCGUUAUUAUAGCAUUUUAGUUACAUAUCAAAAUGAAUGCCGAAUUGCAAUCUGCGUUUUCCCGGAUUAAACCUGUUUGUGAUAUUGUAAUGGUGUGCCCUACGUCUGAUAGCAUAACAACCUUCACUGCAAAAGUAUCAGACCUGAAGAAAGAAGUCAUACAAGAACUGCAGCAGUAUCUCUUGUUUCCAUUUAUUACUCACAUCAAAUCAACAGAAAUGGAAAAUAAGUAUGAUCUACAAUCACUGCUGAUUGAUGCAAUGAGAGUAGUCUUGGAAAAAGUCACAGUGAACAAUUUUGGAAUGUGCUUGAAGAUUGAAACUGCAUUACUUCAAUUAAUAUUUGACAACACUAAACCUGGAAUGAUUGCUAAUGUACCAGAAGAGCUGAAACACAGUGUAAUGAGAGCAUUAACUGUUCUGAUGUUGAAUCUUGACAAGAGGUUUAGAGAGAAGUUGGUCAAAACUCAAAUGCCGCUCCUAGCACAGGUUAUAUUUGUAUCUGUACAUAUAGCUAAGUUCGAAAAACUAAGAGCACUUAGAUUGUCAGCAAUCAAUUGUGUAACUGCACACACGGUCACACAUCCACACUUUAUGAAUAGCAAGUACCAUCUGUACGAUCCUGUUCUGGAGAAUGCGGUAGUUGAUAUGCUCGCGAGCAUCUUGCCUGGUGUGUUGGCAGCACUGCAGGAUGUCGCUACGUCUAUCAACAAUCCAGGACAUGCUGUCAUUGUGGCAUCGUUAGACGCUGUUCACCGCAUCCUGUGCAUCACAAUGCAAGACAAAUAUUUCGCAAAAAAACCAGAAGUCACUGUGCAGGACAUUGCCAAAAUGGUGGAAGAGAAAACCAAAUUAACAGACAGUGAUAACAAAGAAGUAAGCAAUAAGGAUAAAUCAAAGGUAGUUAAACGAUCACCAGAAUGGUACGCCAUGGCUGGUGAUAAGUUGGCCGUCGUCACAAAAAGUUUAGUGCCACUGCAAACACACGAACAUUUUAAAGUCCGGAAAGAGUUGGCCGUGUAUUGCUCAAGAAUCCUCAAUGAAUGCAGUCGUACUAUGCAGGCAUCUGUUCCUGUAGUACUAGAUAUUUUGAUGUCCCUGACGAAAGACGAGUAUCAAGCAGUUUCGGAGUAUUGUUCGAAAGCAGUUAACACAUACCUCAACGCAGGAUCUGAAGAUUCCAAGAUGAGAAUAAUGGAUGGACUAUGCGAAAAUUUCUUCGCAACGUUACAUAGUUUGCCCAGUAUACUCAAUAAUAUAGACGAAAGUAGAAAGCUGGCAGCGCUGAAUUUGCUUCAUGGAUAUUUGGAGGCGCUGUCGUCAGGCCCGGACGCUCACCAGCGGCUCGGCCGCGCUCUCAGCGGCUGCAGCGGCCUGCAGCAAUUGUGUGCAGCGCUGCAGGCCGCUGCAGCUUUACACACAGAUGUUACACUGCUGAACCAUCGCACCUCUACAGAGGUGGGGUGGUCGGGCAGCGGAGGCCCGCGGUGGUGGCGGCGGCUGCGGCUGGGCGGCGCGGGCGCGGCGCGGCUGCGGGCCGCGUGCGGGGCGGCCGCCGUGCCGCUGGUGCUGGACCACCUGCUGCUACAGCUGCAGUGCUGUAGGACGCCAGACCUCGCCUGCCUCAUCAACUGGAUGGCUGCCGCACCAAACUCACCCCUAGAGUUAGUGAAACGCAUACUGGACACGUAUUUAGAGGAAGAUAUGUGGUACUUACCAUUGGAAGUGAGUAGUGGGGAAACUCCCAUCACAGAGGAUGAAACCUUAGACGUCACUGUGUACAACCCUAGAGCUUGGACCCGGGAUAGUGUGCCUGGACUGUACGAAGGCACAGUGGAGACUCGCUACACAGAUAUAAGUUAUCAGAGCAGACGCGAGCGGAGGCCUGCUGGCGGCUGCUUGUCACUGGCAACUGCACAAACCAACAUGGCACUCUCCUGCUUGCUCACUGAGGGCGUGGGCGUCAUCGCCAGGCGACUCAUGGAUCAAUACCAGCCGUACAUGCUCAAGACUCUAUGCCUGAUAUUAGAAAGAGUUGGCAGUAAGUACGAGGUACUACAUCAGGCGGGACUGAUAGCAAUUAAUGAUAUAGCGUUCGCGUGCGGACAUGCGACUGUCGCCGAACUUAUACAAUGCAACGCGGAUUACUUCACGAACCAAGUGACAUCAAGACUGAAAAAGGCAUGGAAUAGUCAAUCAGCUUUGCAGAUACUCAGUGUGGUCAUGAAGUACAGUGAUGUCAGUAUGUCGGAUUGUCUGUACAGUAUUGUGGAAGAUGUUCUAGUCCAAAGUUGUGAUAAAUAUUAUGAAAACAAUCUAUAUGAUUAUUUACAAGUGUUCCUAACAUUCAUGGAAUGCAUACGAAAAUGGUACCCACUAGAGGACACAAACAAAACGGUUAAUAAUAAUGAAAACUCGAAUAUAGACAUAUUUAGUGAUCUCAAAGAAUAUAUAAAGAAUACAGAAGAAUCUGAGAGACUGAUGAGCAAUGAGGAGUUUGAGCAUGAAACUGGAAAGAGUGUUGAAGAAAUGUAUAAGGAAGAUUUAAAAAGUAAACAGGAUGGUCUAUUAGAUUAUGACGAUCGAGUUACUGAGGAAAAGCCGCCUCUUCCCCAACACAUAAAAGUGACAACAACGAUCAUAAAUCGGUGCAUACACUUCAUCACUUCGCGCAGUCGCGACGAAGCUAUACUGGCGCUGCAGGUGGUGAACACGGGCCUGCGGCAGCUGCAACAUCAUCAGGACGAACUGCUGCCGCUGGUGCACAAGUGCUGGGCGCCGCUGGUGGCCAGCUUCAUGGCUGAAGAUAUACCCCGAGUGACUAAAGCUCUAGAUCUGCUGUUGACUUUGGCGGACGUGUCCAAGGAUUUCAUAUUUAGUAGGACUGUUAAGGAGGUCCUGCCGAAAAUCUACUUAAAUCUUCAUAAAUCAUCAUUCGAGAGUUACCUAAAGGAUGCAGGGUCGGCUUAUAGGAACAGCCAGGCGUUCGUAUUGCAGGAAGCGUCACUCGCCGCCCUGCCGCACCUCGCAGUGAAUCUCCGACUUGAAGAUGAACAAUUGACAGAAGCGAUGAACUGCGUCAAUGUUUACUUGUCGAAUAAACAACCCAAACCUCUGCAGACAAGAGCCGUGGAAUUCUUUAAGACAAUCCUAGAGUACGACUACGGCGCCGCCUGGCACCACCUGAGGCAACGUUGCGACAACGACCACGUGUUGCAACCGCCGUCAACACAACACAUAGCGUUGCAGCCAGUCACCGGCACGCCGUACGAGCCCAUAAAUAAAGACUAUAUAACGAACAUCAAAUUGAUAUUCGAUCAUACUGUUAGUUAA